AUAUCUGUUGACGAAUUAUCCUGGAAAGAUCCCUUGGCUAGCCAGGUUAUUAGCAAUAAUUCAGAUAUUGUGGAGAAAUUAUCUAAAGGCUUAAAAAAAGGAUUCAUGAAACUGGCUCGUAAUAUGACGCCUGAACCCAUACCAAUGGUUAAAAAAUGUUCGGAGAAUUUUGUGUUGAAAGACAUUUGGAGUAACCCAGCAUUCGAAUCUGAAUUUGCAAAAUCAUUAAAUGAGGGGACAUACCAAUCUACCGUCAUAGUGUUAGCAAUUCGAGCUGUAUUAAAAAAUCUCCCUAUGGGAAACUCUUUUUUUAUUAGUACUUCAGAGAAACAAAGUAUCGCUAGCGCUAAUAGAAAAGGAGAAGGAUGUAUCGGGAGACGACCAGAUAUUAUGUCUGUAGUAAAAUAUCUUGAUAGAAUUUUUGAAUUUAUCGUCAAUACUGACAAAUACCAGUUUGGUAUUGUUGGGGUACAAAUAGCGGGAAAUAAGAUACAUCUGAAUGCCCUUGUCAGAGAUAAGGUUAAGGUUAAUCGAUAUUACCACCUACAAUCCGCCAAGAUUCCUGUACAAUUAUCAGAUGCGAGCAUUGUAACUAAAUUUGUUGAAACUUUAUCACUUUUACGCAAUAUAUUAAUUACAAAUUUAUCUUUGUUGUAUCAUGGAUCGGUAUGUAUAUCAGAAAGACCAAAGGAGGAUAGUAUAACCAUAGAUUCUGAAUAG